UUUUUUUUUUUUCCAUCUUUGACUCUGUACUUACCCGGACGGGACCGCACCAUAAAUCAGAUUCUUUUUCCUUCCUCUCCGUCCGUCUGUGGUUUUCAGUUUCUCUAUUUUAGACGCCGGAGGCACCUGUCUUCCGGUAUAUUCCCUGUCCCAUAUAUUCUUAUUAAUUACUCUGCAUCGGCCGGAAACCUGCUUUUCAGCAACUCCAAAAACCACUUUCUCUCAGUCCACGGCCGCCUCUGAGACUACUGACCUUUUUCCGAGCUGAGGUUCUAGGGUUUCUUUCUGUGCUGGAUGAGAAAGAGAGAGAAAUGUGAGGGUUGAUGGUAGAGGACUCCGAAGAGAGCGUGGUCGUCGUCGUUGUUGAUGAUGACCGGAGCUCCUGAGACAAAUCGGAGCGGGUGGUGGUUUUCCGGUGAAUCUCUCACAUGGAAUGGCAGAUCUUGUUAGCUACGGUAAUGCCCACCGCGACAUCGAGCAGCUAUCAUGUCUUGUUUUGCAGGCAUUAAUUGCUCUGAAGAAGGGUACUCAAUUGCUUAAAUAUGGUCGUAAGGGAAAGCCAAAAUUUUGUCCAUUUAGACUUUCUAACGAUGAAUCAUCUUUAAUUUGGAUCUCUAGUAGUGGUGAGAGAAGUUUGAAGUUAGCUUCAGUUUCAAGAAUCAUUCCCGGGCAAAGAACUGCUGUUUUCCAACGGUAUCUGCGCCCCGAGAAGGACUACUUGUCCUUUUCUCUUAUAUACAACAGCGGAAAACGAUCUCUAGAUCUGAUCUGCAAGGACAAAGUUGAGACGGAGGUGUGGAUUGCAGGCCUCAAAGCAUUAGUACCCUCUGGCCAAGGCGGGCGCUCCAAAAUUGAUGGAUGGAGUGAUGGAGGCGUUUAUUUUGAACAUAAUAGAGACCUGACCUCAAAGAGUCCAAGUGACAGUCCUGCGAGUGCCACUCAAAACAUUAGCUCCCCAGACGUUUCUGUCAGUUCCAAUACAAACUCUUCCCCAAAGAGUUGUCAGCCUCAUAAUUCUGUCCAUUCUGAAAGGUCACAUGUAGCUUUGGACCAAGCAAAUAUGCAGGUGAAAGGAUCUGGUUCAGAUGCUUUUCGAGUUAGUGUAUCUAGUGCCCCAAGCACUUCUAGUCAUGGUUCUGCUCCAGACGAUUGUGAUGCUUUAGGGGAUGUGUACAUAUGGGGUGAGGUCCUAUGUGAUAAUCUUGUGAAGAUUGGGGCUGAUAAAAGUGCUGACUCUUCGAGUACAAGGGCUGAUGUACUUAUUCCUAGGCCAUUGGAGGCCAAUGUGGUUCUGGAUGUGCAUCAUAUAGCCUGUGGGGUCAGGCAUGCUGCCCUUGUGACCAGGCAAGGUGAAGUUUUCACCUGGGGUGAAGAAUCUGGGGGACGGCUUGGUCAUGGUAUUGGUAAAGAUGUUACACAACCUCAUUUAGUUGAAUCCUUAGCAUUUUGUUGUGUUGAUUUUGUUGCAUGUGGAGAGUUUCACACUUGUGCUGUUACCAUGGCCGGAGAACUUUACACAUGGGGGGAUGGAACACACAAUGCUGGGAUUCUUGGUCAUGGUACUGAUUUGAGUCACUGGAUACCAAAACGGAUUUCUGGGCCUCUUGAGGGACUUCAAAUUGCCAUGGUAACUUGUGGUCCAUGGCACACAGCCUUGGUAACAUCAACAGGUCAGCUGUUUACAUUCGGUGAUGGAACUUUUGGUGUUUUGGGACAUGGAGACCGAGAAAGUGUUUCAUAUCCAAGAGAGGUGGAUUCUCUGUCAGGUUUGAGGACAAUUGCAGUCGCAUGUGGGGUGUGGCAUACUGCUGCCAUUGUGGAGGUUAUCGUUACCCAGUCUAGUGCUAGUGUUUCGUCUGGUAAAUUGUUUACAUGGGGGGAUGGCGAUAAAAGUCGCCUUGGACACGGAGACAAGGAACCUCGGCUUGAACCUACUUGUGUCCCAGCACUCAUUGAAUACAAUUUUCACAAAAUUGCAUGUGGGCAUAGCUUAACUGUUGGCUUGACUACAUCAGGGCAUGUUUUUGCGAUGGGAAGCACUGUUUAUGGACAGCUAGGCAAUCCCCAAUCUGAUGGAAAGGUACCCUGCUUAGUGGAAGAUAAGCUUAGUGGGGAAUCUGUCCAAGAGAUUGCAUGUGGUGCGUAUCAUGUGGCAGUUUUGACGUCCAGGAAUGAGGUCUAUACGUGGGGUAAGGGAGCUAAUGGGAGGCUGGGCCAUGGAGAUAUAGAAGACCGGAAAACACCAACUUUGGUUGAAGCAUUGAAGGAUAGACAUGUUAAAUUCAUUGCUUGUGGUUCAAACUACACCUCAGCAAUAUGUCUUCACAGAUGGGUUUCUGGUGCUGAGCAGUCUCAGUGCUCAGCUUGUAGACAACCUUUUGGGUUUACGCGUAAAAGGCACAACUGCUACAACUGUGGACUUGUGCACUGCCAUUCGUGCAGUUCUAGAAAAUCACUAAGAGCAGCCCUUGCUCCCAAUCCGAGCAAGCCAUAUCGUGUCUGUGAUUCUUGUCAUGCCAAACUAAGUAAGGUGGCAGAAGUGGCUACCAUUAACAAGAAGAAUGUUAUACCGCGUCUUUCGGGUGAAAAUAAGGACAGGAUUGACAAGGCUGAGUUAAGAUUCUCAAAGUCGGGUAUGCCCUCCAAUGUUGAUUUAAUUAAACAGUUAGAUAACAAAGCAGCCAAACAAGGAAAGAAAGCUGAUAAUUUGUCACUAGGUCGUCCCUCACAAGCACCUUCUUUAUUACAACUGAAAGAUGUGGUUAUGUCUACUGCUCUUGAUCUGUGUCGAACUGUUCCCAAACCAGUUGUCACACCAUCUGGUGUCAAUUCUAGAUCUGUGUCACCUUUCUCUAGGAAACCUAGCCCACCACGCUCUGCAACACCUAUUCCUACGACCGCUGGACUUUCCUUCUCCAAAAGCUCUGAUAGUUUGAAGAAAACAAAUGAACUUUUGAAUCAAGAAGUUCACAAAUUACGUAUGCAGAUUGAGAGUCUCCAACGUCACUGUGAAGUCCAAGAAUUGGAACUUCAAAAAUCAGUGAAGAAAGCUCAGGAAGCGAUGGCGCUAGCUGCAGAAGAAUCGGCUAAGUCAAAAGCUGCAAAAGAUGCAAUUAAAUCACUUAUGGCACAGCUCAAAGAUAUGGCUGCAAGGCUACCACCUGAGGUAGAUGAUGGCGAUAGCACGAGAGCGUUUCACAUACGGAAAAGCUUGGAGCCAAAUGGAAUUCACUACCCUGAUUCAAAUGGAGUGUGUUAUUCUGAUUCUAUUGAUGAUCUUCACUUGGCUGCCUCCACUGGAAUUGACCACCCUGCUACAACAAAGGGAAUGAAAAGCCCUGGAAGCAAGAGUCCUAGUUACAAAUCUGGUAGCACAGAAACAAACGCAAAUCAUCAAAGCCAGGGGAUUUUGAAUGCUAGUGGCAGGCAUGACCAACCAGAUGGUAGACUUCCGAAUGGUAAUGGAGUGGUUAUUCUGUCAGAUGCUCCUGACGGCACAGAGUCUGGACCUAUCCAAGAUGGUGACAGCAUGAGAUCUAGGAAUUCAGCAUUGGUCGGUAGUGCUAACCAAGUAGAGGCUGAAUGGAUUGAACAGUAUGAGCCUGGUGUGUACAUAACCCUUGUGGCUCUCCGGGAUGGAACUAGAGAUCUUAAAAGAGUGCGCUUCAGUCGGAGAAGGUUUGGUGAGCACCAAGCAGAGACAUGGUGGUCAGAGAACCGUGAAAAGGUUUAUGAUAGGUAUAAUGUCCGUGGUUCGGACAAGGCAUCAGUAUCUGGCCAGACUGCUUACCGAUCAGAGGGAGGUGGUGUAUCACCCUCUUCACAACUUUAGCAACCCGUGUGGAUAGCGGUUCCCCUCAAAACCUUGUUUUCGGAAAUUUCUUAGGUUAAGCAGUAGACUUUAUCGGAAGCAAAUACCCCCCUUUGCUAUGUACUUUGUAUUCUUAUCUUCUUUAUCUCCCCGUUUCAUAAUUUGUAUUCUACUCAGUUCAAUGUAAUUUUAUGGGGGAUUGGCCCAUUUUCGUUCCAUGGGAUUGGUUGGGCAUCCGCCCUUUACCGGUCUAUUAUAUCGUAGUGUGUAUAAGACCACAAA